AUGGCCGGAGUAAGCCCCUAUGCGCUGAUACCCUUUCCUCCUCAAUCUACAAGUAAGGCACUGUACCCUUGGCGCCAUCGAUGGGGAAGUUCAGCCAGACUUAUCGCAGCCUUUAGCACCUUUAUCCGACGCAAUGCCGUCUUCUUGGGUUCGAUAUUCGUCGGCGCAUUUGCGUUUGAGAUUGCCUUCGACACUGUCAGCAACCGUGUAUGGGAUACCAUCAACAGAGGCGUAUGUACCGGCCCUUCCCGCGGCUAG